CCAUUCCAUUUCCCAGUUUUAAAGAUUUUCUCUCCACCCUCCUUCAUGGCAUCAUCUUCUGGUAGCUUAGACACCUCUGCAAGUGCAAACUCCUUCACCAACUUCACCUUCUCCACACACCCAUUCAUGACCACUUCCUUCUCUGACCUUCUUGCCUCUCCCAUAGACAACAACAAGCCACAGGGCUUGUCUGAGAGAACCGCUUCUGGUAUCCCCAAGUUCAAGUCCACACCACCACCUUCUUUGCCUCUCUCUCCUCCUCCCAUUUCUCCUUCUUCUUACUUUGCUAUUCCUCCUGGUUUGAGCCCUGCUGAGCUUCUUGACUCCCCCGUUCUCCUUAACUCUUCCAACAUUCUGCCGUCUCCGACAACUGGAGCGUUUGUUGCUCAGAGCUUCAAUUGGAAGAGUGGUUCAGGGGGGAACCAGCAAAUUGUCAAAGAAGAAGACAAAAGCUUCUCAAAUUUCUCUUUCCAAACCCAACCAGGACCUACUGCUUCGUCCACAGCAACAUUUCAAUCUUCAAAUGUCUCAGUUCAAACACAACAGCCAUGGAGUUAUCAGGAGGCCACUAAACAGGAUAAUUUUUCUUCUGGAAAGAGUAUGAUGAAAACUGAAAACUCUUCUUCCAUGCAGAGUUUUUCCCCUGAGAUUGCUAGUGUCCAAACUAACCAUAGCAAUGGGUUUCAAUCGGAUUAUGGCAAUUACCCCCCACAAUCUCAGACCUUAAGCAGAAGGUCAGAUGAUGGGUACAAUUGGAGGAAAUAUGGCCAAAAACAAGUGAAGGGAAGUGAAAAUCCAAGAAGUUAUUACAAAUGCACAUACCCCAAUUGCCCUACAAAGAAAAAGGUUGAGAGGUCUUUAGAUGGACAAAUUACUGAGAUAGUUUAUAAGGGUACUCAUAACCAUCCCAAGCCUCAAUCCACCAGGAGAAACUCAUCAUCUUCCUCUUCUCUUGCAAUCCCUCCUUCAAAUCCCAUUAGCACUGAAAUCCCAGAUCAAUCAUAUGCCACACAUGGCAGUGGACAAAUGGAUUCAGCUGCCACCCCAGAAAACUCAUCGAUAUCAAUAGGAGAUGAUGAUUUUGAGCAGAGUUCCCAAAAGUGUAAAUCAGGAGGAGAUGAGUUUGAUGAAGAUGAACCUGAGGCUAAAAGAUGGAAAAUUGAAGGUGAAAAUGAGGGUAUGUCAGCGCCUGGAAGUAGAACAGUGAGAGAACCUAGAGUUGUAGUUCAGACAACCAGUGACAUUGAUAUCCUAGAUGAUGGGUACAGAUGGAGAAAAUACGGGCAGAAAGUAGUGAAGGGAAAUCCAAAUCCAAGGAGUUACUACAAGUGCACACACCCAGGAUGUCCAGUGAGGAAGCACGUGGAACGAGCCUCACAUGAUCUGAGGGCAGUGAUCACAACCUACGAGGGAAAGCACAACCAUGAUGUUCCUGCAGCCCGUGGCAGUGGCAACCAUUCUCUUAACAAACCACUGCCAAACAAUGCUGCUAACCCCACCACUGCAAUAAGGCCCUUGCCAGUGAUCCACAACAACACUGACAAUUCUCUUCAGAGUCAAAGACCACAAGCACCACCAGAAGGGCAAUCGCCCUUCACUCUAGAGAUGCUUCAGAGUUCAGGAAGCUUUGGUUUCUCUGGCUUUGGGAAUCCAAUGGGAUCUUACAUGAAUCAGCAGCAGCAACUAUCUGACAAUGUUUUUUCCUCUAGAGCCAAGGAGGAGCCCAGAGAUGACAUGUUCCUUGAGUCUCUCCUAUGCUGAAGGAAUUUCUUUUCCUUUUCGGUAGUUCUUGAAGGUUGGAAAUUUUUGGAAGGGGGGUUAGGAUUUAUUGGACAAAUAAGGUUCAUUCCAUUUAUUGCAUUUUUUGGUUUGUUUUGUUGUAAAUUUACACAGCCACAGGAUUGGUAUAGUAUAUAUUUGAUAACUGUUGUAUGUUGUCACACAUGGUGUUGGUGGAAUUUUUUGAUUACUUUGGGGUUUCUCUUUUGUUGGGGGGACAACCUCAUAUCAAUCUUUUGUAAGGUUAUUAUUAUUUUUUUUUAUAAUUUUUUUUCUGUUCACAGUUCACAACCAAAAUAGCAAAACUUUCACAAGAACUGUGCAGUUGUAGAACUAUAUUUGUUAAACAUUAUAUUUUGGUACAUGCUUGCAUAUAUUAUUAUACACAGCCUAUAA